GCAUGCCUGUGAUAAUGGGUGUGGACCAUGGAUAAUGAACAGCCGCAUCAGGAACUGGUGAAAUGUGUGGUUGUGGGAGACACAGCGGUGGGCAAGACCCGCCUUAUCUGCGCUCGGGCCUACAACAAGCAGUUCUCUCUCUCACAGCUGCUCAACACACAUGUGCCCACUGUCUUUGCCAUCGACCAGUACAGGAUAUACAAGGAGGUUUUGGAACGGUCUUGUGUGGUAGUUGACGGUGUGAAUGUCUCCCUACGAUUAUGGGACACAUUUGGGGACCAUGACAAAGACCGGCGUUUUGCCUACGGCAGGUCAGAUGUGGUGCUGCUAUGUUUCUCCGUGGCAAAUCCAGUGUCUCUGCGAAACUGCCGGGUGAUGUGGUACCCAGAGAUCCGGCGUUUCUGCCCCAACACUCCAAUCCUCCUCGUGGGUUGCAAGAAUGACCUUAGAUAUAUUUGUAAAGAUGAGCAGUACUUGAGUUAUUGUCGAGACAGGUCUCCUCUCGUCAGACCAGUCCGGGAGUGUGACUUGGUCAUGCCAUGUGAAGGAAGAGCAGUUGCACGUGAGAUUGGUGUAGAAUAUUAUGAGACAUCGGUGCUUACUUACUUUGGGGUAAAUGAGAUAUUUGACAAUGUGAUUAGAGCCGCCCUCAUAUCCCGGAGACAACAGCGCUUCUGGAUGACCAACCUCAAGCGCGUCCAGCGACCUAUGUUACAGGUGCCUUUCUGCCCGCCCAAGCCCAAGGUUCAGGAUCCUUCUACUGUUGGGAGCACAUUGCGUGAGGAUUUCCACUGUCUUCUCACAAGCGCUGCCUUCACAGACCUGGUGCUGGUUGCUGGAGGUGGACCCACGGCUGGGGGCACCAUUGUCCAUGCUCAUAGGUUUUUGGUGGCCUCUGCAUCAACUGCCUUCCAUAAGCUGCUCAUGACUGACCUCUCUGACUGUGUUACUACACGCCGCAGCUCAGAUUCGAGCAUGUUAAGUGGAACAUUUGGUGAUACCAACCUUGGGAAUUUCAACUCUGAUACUGAAUGUCUCCUUGGUAAUGAUCACAGUCUGCAACGCCCAGCAAGGUUCGUAUUAAAAGCUGUUUCCUCGUCCAGUCGCCUUCGGGAGGCUGUAAAAAGGAGAUCAAGUAUGCAGACCUUACCCCAAGAACAACACCCGGGUAUUCAUAGAGAACUUAACCAUGCAGCCUUCCAAGCCAUUAGUAUAGAACAAUGGGAUGACAGAGGUAGUGACAGAAAUUCUUCAGAUCGUAGCCCACGCCAGUCCCCAGCCUGGGUCCCAGUUCAGACAGUAGUGCAACUCAGUAAGCUAGUGAGCAAUUCUGCUUUACGUAUUAUAGUACAUUUCCUCUAGGGCACAAUCUUCUGCCGUGAAUGCCAUCUGCCAACAGUGGAGCUUAGUGAACUGAAGCAAGCAGCAGAGUUCUUAGAAUUGCCUGAACUCCAGACAUAUGUCACCAACCUAAUGAACAAGGAGGAGUUCCUCAAUAAUGACCUCUCUCAGCAGUACCUGCAGAUGUUGUGUGGUCGACUAAAGGAGCUGUGCUUAGAAGGUGGACUCUUCUCAGAUGUCCUUUUCCAGUUAGAAGAUGGCACAGCCUCUGUACACAGACCUCUACUCAUGUCGCGCUGUGACAUGAUGCAUGCCAUGUUCUCUGGAGACUUCAGAGAAAGCAAUGCCAAAGUGAUUACCUUCCCGGGUGUAAAGCUCAGAACGUUCCAGGUCCUGUUACAGUACUUGUAUACUGACACUAUACCCACACUCAAGACCAGAGAAUGUCUUCCCAUUGUGGAGCUGGGCAACCGCUUGUGUCUUCCUCGUCUCAUAUCAUUGGUCGAAAACGAGAUCAUUGAUCUUUUUCAGCGAGUGAUACAGGCCGGCGGUGAUGUCAGUGAGGAUUGCAUCUACCUUCUUGAGCCAUUGCAGAUGCACAAUGCUCAUCAGUUAGUGGAGUGGUGUCUCACAUGUAUGGCAACAAACUACAAUCACGUCUGUAACAAGCAUGCAAAGCAACUGCGUUCACUCCACCCAGAAAAUCAAGCAUAUCUAAAUAGACAUCGAUGGCCUCCUGUCUGGUACCUCAAAGACUAUGACUAUUAUGAGAGGUGUUUAGUUGAGCGACAGCGAGAAGAAAACCCCAUCAAGCCCCUGAAAAGGUCUCGGAACACAGCUGGCUGUCUCUGCUUCACAUCCAAGAGUCGCAGGAAUGCAGAGAAACAAAACUAUCGCACAAUACCGUACGAGACCUGUGGAUGGUACUGCUGGCCCUGGAUAGAACAUCUAUUAUGAGGGCACUAAAUGGCCACCUUCACCAGUCACCCGUCAGCUGUCACCUUUCAACAACCACCUGUCAACUGUCACCCCUUCAACUUUAACCAGUUAACAUGUAAUACCAAUCACUAUUCAACGUACAUCUGUUAACUACCAUAUGUUAGCAUACAUCUGUAGUUCAUAAGCACUUCAGACCCACCAAAGAAUAUUCAUACUAAUUAUAACUGGCUCUAACCUCUAAUUACUAUCCAUGUGGUUUGUGAUGUCACCAGUUGAAAUUAAUUGAAAGUUAUGUUAAAAAAAGGUCAUUACAUAGAGGGUGUUGGCAGAUGAUCAGACUCACUCUAUAUGGCACAAAAUAUCAAGAGUUUACAGGUAGAUCUCCACAAGCUACAUAAGGGUGAAAGGAUGCAAUGUGCCUGAAGGUGGUCAUAAUGCAUAGUCUGGAAACAGUUUUACGUAGCCUUUAAAAGAAGAUAAUAUGAAUUAUUAGUUUAAAUAUCAGGGAAAAUAAAUUUGGAAGAGAAAUUCUAGAAGGUUAUGGUUAGAUUAAAUAGUUUGUAAGAGUCAUUGAUGACAAAAGUCAGGAAUCUGCCACAAUUUGUGCAGGAUUUGAGCUCAAGGUAAUUACAGGGAAUCACCAUAAAAAUGACUUGAAGGCUGUCUGCAGAUAAGAUAAGAAAUACUUUUGAGUUUUUUACCUUUUCUUGAUAAUUCCAGAGAAUUUCAUAUACACAAAACAUCUAACAAAGAGACCUACUCUGUAUGAAACAAAAUAUGAUCAGUGUUAAAAAAUGUUUACAGAAAAGACAAACAGAGGAUGUGUAAAAAGUUAUCCCAUUUGAUUGUGUUCUUUGUUAAGCUGAAAGAAAUCAUUCUGAAAUAAAUUAAACAUUAUAAAACAAGAUGUAACUCAAAUAUGAUUUUUAGUUGGGUCGAUUAUCUACAUGUAUCAUGGCAAUUUACUUUGAAUUAAUAACAAUAUGUUUAGUGAUAUAAAUAUUUAACAGAGUACAAAAAUGAUAAAAAAUCCAUUAAAACACUAAUUUCAUAAUCAACAUGAUAUUCACCUAAGCUCAUAUGGUUUUAUCAUAUCGUAAUUCAUUACUUGCAUCCUUUUCAUUAUUCCAUGUCAUGAAAAGUAUGCAUAAUAUUAUAAAAAGGACAAGAAUGCCUGUAUUCUGUGUUCACUUUCUUUUUCUAAAUACUUCAAGAGUUGCCCAUAAUUACAACAUAACACAUAAUUAACUCUGAUAAUCACUUCUUUGAAAAUCUUGAUACAGAGGCAUAAGCAAAGAGACGAGUAAUUUUGCAGCAAUCUGUGAAAUCUUUAAUGAUUUACAUUUCUUGUAGCGCCAAAGCCAUGAUUCUUAUAAUCAAGUAUGAGUGAUAGACAAUUUUUUGUUUGUUUGUUUGUUUGUUUGUUUGUUAAGCAGACCCUGGACAAAACAGAUUGAAAUUUGCCUCAUUAAAAAUGUAUCAAUGUAUUCCUGAGACAAAACUCAUUUUCAGAGUUAGUCAACCAUUCAGCAGUAGGCUCUUAACACAGUAUUCCCUCAGCAAGUUCCUCAUGAAUAUCACUGGGACAACGAUGGUCUUUAAGAGAGCUGAGAGGCUGAUAACUGUUGCCAGACUUAUAAUUAAUAAGGUCAUUUUCACUUCCUGUGCAUUAACGUUGUGUACAUCACUUUCCUGAUUUUAGUAAUGGUGAUACAAACAGUUUAGACCAUUUAUACAAUCAACUGUGCUUUCGCUGUUCUCUGUCUAUAGAGAUAAAAAUAAGUGCAAAACUUGAUAUUGAAGAGAAUUAAAGGAAAUUGCCAAGGUUGUAAAAUUCAUAUGUAUGGAUUUUUUUUCUUUACAUCUUGUGCGACAGUUACACAUAUGAAUGGAGUUAAUCAGUAGUACAUAUGAGUAGUAUGCAGACUAGUAUCUGGAGUAUUCACAGCAACCUCCUCCGCUAAACUGUAGAUGAAGGAGGAGCAUAAACAACCUUCUAAGUCAGCUUUGUUUAGAAAAAAAGAGUAACAUAGAGCAGUGAAAAUCAUCCAGGAGAUAAGAGGGCAGGCCUGGAAGCAGUGUAAACCAGCUAGAGAUCAUUAAUAAGCAGUGCAAAGCAAGCACAAGUAUAGAUAAAACUGCCAUGAAAAUGAGCAAUAGGUGUAACAUGCCAGUCGUAAAUAAAAACACAUUUAUAUUGUAGACAUAGACCAAGUGUAAGCAGUGACAGAAAGUCUGCAUUGGAUAUGCCAUUUAAAUUGUAAGCACAUGAGCAUAAUUGUGUGAUCAAGCUUUGAUGUAGGUCAGGUGUACUGAUGAGAUGCAGUAGCAUAAACUAAACUUAGAAAAAUAAGUAUCCCAAGCUGGGAUGUUAAGAUUUGCCAAAGUGUAGAAACAAACUGAUGUAGGAGGCAAGCUUGUCUUAAGUAAAGUUUGUGUAAAUUUUUACUAAAGUAAGAGGUUUAAACUGUAUUGCAUUGCUUUCUUUCAAGAAGGAAAUUUAUCUUGAUAUGAAAACAUACUAGGAAACAUAAUCUUAAAUCACUAGGCCAAACAAACAUAAGUAGUUAAACUGACAUCUCAGGGACGGCUGAAGUGGGUUCAUUCAAAACUAUAAUGUGCACAGUGAAAAGCUGAAAGAGAAGGAGACGCAGUGAAAAAAAGUCAUCAAGUUGUGUUACAAAGAAUAUGUCCUUCAACUAAGUACUAAAAGAAUACAAAAAGCCACGCAGUGAUCAUGAACUCAAGUGCGACCAUCUUGAUACAUGAUAUGCCAAGAAAGAAAUGCCAGUGGAAAAAGUCUUAGCACAACAUUGUACAAGAAAAUGAGUGCCAUUAUGCUGUGCAAAGUUAGGCUGAAACAAGAAGCAAAAUUUAUGUGAAUUCAAGCUAUGAAGGAACGUAAAAAGGCGUAGUAAACAGUAAGUGGUUUAUGUUUUUAAGGUUAUGAUGAUAUUAUGUCCAGUGUGUUGGACAGAUAGAAUCAUACAAACAUUAGGCUUACUGUAAUGUAUAUCCAUAAUGCAGGUUUGGGUUAACAUGAUAACAUUGUAAGACGUUUGAUUCUAUAUUGGUUAAAGAAUUAAAGCAUUAUGCUCUUAGUUUGGGUUCAAGCUAGCAUUUGGGAAAGAGGUAUAGUCAAGGACCAAGCUGAAGUCUGAAGUUUUGCUAUAGUUUGGGACCAAGCUUGAAUGUCUGGUUACACUGAAGAUUAGGUUAAAUAAAAAAAAAUAAAUAUAAAAAAACAAGAAAAAAAAUGUAUGUAAGGACAUGCUUUUGUAAAGUUAAGGUGAAAUGUUUUGCUAAAUGUUAACAACCAAAUAAAGCUUGAAUGAUGACUGAGCAGAAUGGUUGACAAAUGCCAAAGAUUAAUCCUACCACUUUAAUUUUCAGAUGAUGACUAGGUGUGAGGACUGUGUACUGGCCAUGUUCCAUGUAAGAAAUUUAUGAAUAACAUUUUAUUGAACAGUGUUGAAGGGAAGUGCAAAACUAAUUAGUACAUGCAAUACACAAAUAAAGUAAAUCCAGACUAACAAACUCUAAGGUUAUGUUGGUGAAUAUUGGUGAUAUAUUGAAAUCACUUCAUAGUAAGAAGCGGUUAUGUCGUCUGUGAUCUUGCUAAAGUCUUACCAGUGCUGAUAUACAAGGAAGAUUAUACACCUCUUUGACUAUAUUCAUAUAUUCUAACAUAAACAAUACAUAGACAUUUAUAUACUGAUGUGAGAAACAGCUUUAAAAUUUGCAAAUUUAAGAUGCAAAUGCUGAAAGUUAAGUUAGUAUCCAUCUGUAAUGGGUUUAAUGAAUUAUCCAAAAUGCUGUAACCCAGUAAGCGCACAUUUCUACACAAAGGUUUCUUCUGGUAGGAGAUUUUUAAGGAAACGUCCAUGUGUGUAUGCAGAGUGUACAUGUGUCUGCUCUAAUUAAAAAUUUGAGCCUUGCUUAAAAAUGAAAUCUUCAAUAUACAUAAAAAUCUGUACUCAUAUUGACAGUGGUAUUCUAGCCAAUAAAAAAAAAUAAAAAAUCUAUGAAAAUAGGUAUUUCUGGGAUGCGAUAUAUUUUUGACAUUCAAGAAAUAUUCAUAUGAAACUAUCCUCUAAAUCCAGUAUUGCACAGCAUAACAAUUUCAGCCCAGAAACAUGUUGAACAUCUAAGAAAGGCUCAGUAUAACCAUUCAUCCAACUUUCAUAACAAUAAAGGUUGUUGAACAUCUAUAUGCAAAUUAUUAAUCAAAUCUUCCUCUGCAUUAUAACAUUCUGUCAGUGAAUUAAGUCAUAUAUAGCAGUUGUAUCUUAUUGACAAUCUUUCACUGUGAAUAUCAGUAUAAAAGUGUAUACAUUGACCUUGUUACUCAGCAUAAGGUACUUAGCAGUCACCCAAUACACCUUUUAUAACUAGGUACAUAUUGUAAAGUCAGUAUAAUGUUGUGUCCUGGAAUGUAUAGAGUAAAUAUCAGUCAGAAAAGGUGCAGAAACACUAGAAGUUUUUAUAGAAGAAAAAAUAUUUCUCUCAUAAGUGUAACUGUUGCAUUUGUAAGAGGAUAGAAUAUGCCUAAACAGUUCUUAUAGACUGUGACAACUACAAGAUGUUUUGACUCGACUUCAGCCCCGUUUUGAGAAAAUACUCAUAGUAAUGCUGUUCAACAUUGGCCUAACAUGUCUAAAGAGUUAUAGUCUUUUUGCUUUGGAAUAUUUGCAUUAGUUUGAACAAUUUUCAUGAAACAUAUGCACUAAAGCUUGACAUCUUUUAUAAAUAAUGAUAAAAUAAUGAGGAAUUAAAUAUCUAAGUUACAGAAAAAAAAUGAAAAGAAUAUCAUAGUUAUGAGAACAGCUAUGAACCAGGUGCAGGGGCUUACAAACGAUCAGAAUUAGAGCACUUAGCCAGACCCAAAGUAGUACUGAGCAUUGUAAACGCGUCGUUCAUAUUACAUGUAGGUGAGAACCACUUAUUUUAAUACAGCAGUGUUUAGUCUGUUCCUGUCAUUGGCACUUAUCUAAAGUGUUGCACAUAAGUGGUAGCUCAUAAGUGGUUCACAUCUAGUUUCAUCACAAAUCACUUCAGAUCAUCAUAGGUUUGUAGAGUAUGAGUAGUUUACACUUUUUAUGACAAGUAAUCUUGAAUAAGUUUCCUCGGGCAUUCUAUAAACUGAACUCUUCUCACAUCUGUGAAAGUUCUAUUUUUACAUGUUUAGGAAAUAAUUCCUUCCAGGUCUUACAGUUUACAUGACCAAUCAUUGCAUCUGCUUUGCUGGAGCCAGGAGAGGUACCAAUAAUGCCAUCCAACUAUUUUGUGUCAUCACUCAUCACAUCAUAGUCAAAUGUGUUUGUAUAAAGUUACUCUCAUGAACUAAGAAUCUUUGGGAUUUGUGAACAAGGUUAACUGUAUUUUAUUCUGAUAAUUUUGUAAUUCAUAACAGAGGCAGAAUGUGAAAUACAUCAGGUAUUGUGAAUGACAAUGAGUUUAGCUUUCAAAAACUGGUUCCAUUCUUAUGUUCUGGUAAUAAAUAAAUGUGAAGUAUAUAAAGUAAGAUUACAAACUCUGGGACUUGAUUUUUUUCUAAUGUCAAAGGUAAAACAAAAUCUGUUAAAUUCACAAUUCAUUAGGUUUAAUAUGGUGUUAAUUGCUUAGGUAAGACUGCUCUUGAUUUCAGAAGCUCAAAUGUUUUAUGUUGUUUGUGGCUAUGAGAAUAUACUGAGACAAUACAUAUUUAUGAUAAUAAUUUAGUAUAUUUUCACUUAUUGAACAUAAUGAUUAUGGAAAUAAAUAAUUGGAAGAGAAAACCCAUUUAGUACACCAAAAUCAAAUAGGAACAAAAUGUAAAGAUUAUAUUUAUUAUUUAGGUACAAUAGGUGUAUGAAGUGAUACCAAGAUGGCACGAGAGAACAUGAGCAAAUAGGCAGUUCUUCCCACAGUCUGUGUGAUAUAUGUGGUCAUCACCAUUGCCAUACUCACCACAGGACGUUCACCAUGAUGUCAUUCUCCAUAAUCUUAGUAACCACACUUUGAUUGGUCUUUUCACUUCCAUAGGCUGAUAUCAUACAGUAAUAAUAAACUACAUAUAUAACACCACAGUUCCAUAGUGCUGCAGGUGUAGUACACAGUCCCGUAACUUCACAUCCAUUUCAAUUAUACUUACAUUAUUUCAGGGUAAACUCAAGCCAGUCAAAGUUUGGGUACUAGGGUUAGUUCCUCAUAUUCAUGCAAGCUUUGGAAAUGUCAGAAAGUUCUUUUAAUGAUAGAAUUUGAUGAAUAAACUAAUUGAUCAGUUUCA